AAGAAAAUAAAGAUUUAAAGAAACAACUACAAACAGCCAAAAGAGAAAAUAAACUUCUGAAAAAUCGCGAAAAAGACUUCCGCGAGAAAGAAAAUGUUAUUGCGGAAAAAGAAAAGAAAAUUACUGAAUUAACCGAACAAGAAAAGACUUAUAAACAAGCCAUAAAAAGUUUAGAAAGCAACAAUAAAAAAUUAACCAACGAGUUAGACCAAACGAAUAAGGAAAAUAGUGAAUUAAGGACAGUUAACGAAAAUCAGAUUACGGAAAAGCAAAAAAACAAGGAAAGCUUCCAAGUCAAGAUUAAGGAGUUAGAAGAAAAAUUAACCAAACAAGAGAAAGAGUGUGAAAAAUUGCAAAACGAACUUGUUUCUCAGCAUAUAAGCAAUAAACAGGAAAAACAAAAUUCAGAGCAAGAAAAAACUAACUACCAAACUAUUAUUCAAAAUCUCGAAAUUGCUAAAAACAAAAAGGAAAGCGAAGCAACUCACUUAUCUUCCCUACUUGCCAAAAUAGAAAAAGAACAUAAUCAGGAAUUAUUAAACCAAAAUCGCGAAUGGAAAGAAAAAUUGGAAAAAGGAAGAACACAAAACGGUUUUUUUACCAUUACUAUAAGUGGAAUUAGUUAUUUAGUUGGUAAAGGAAUUUCUCGCCAAAAACUUCAAGAAAAAUACGGUAAAGGGAUAAAUAAAAUAGAACAAUUAAUAGACAAAUUAACAAAUGAUUAUCAAACAGCCCAAACUCAACUUAAUGAGGCCAAUACUAAACGACAAAAAGCCGAACAAGAACGUGACCGCUAUCAGCAAGAUUACCAAAAUGAAAAAACGCGGGCGAAUAAUUUACAAACCCAGUUAGACAGUCACAUUUGCUCUGCUCCUCCUACUUGUUCUCAUACUGAUUACGAACAAAUUAAAAAUGAACAGGAUAAUUAUAAAUCACAAUUAGAACAGCAAGAAAAAGAAUUAACCCAAAAAUUAAAUACUGAUUUAAAUCUUAACUUAAAAAACGAGCCUAAAUUAGAACAAGUAAUUACUCGCCUACAAGAGUUAUUACGCCAACCAAGCUUCCCUCCAAAAAAUAUGAGUGGAGAAAAUUUAGAAAUGGUUAAGCAAAUUGAUUUACGAAUGCUCCAAAAUGCUUUCUCACAAAUGACUAGGACCGAAACCCAAGCCAUUGAACAAACUAUAAGUUACCAGCAAUUAGCCACUGUUCGUAAUGAAAUAAUCAGAAAAUACCUCACUAAUAACACUCAAACAAUUAGUCCACCAAAAGGGCAAUUGAUUAAACCUGAAAGUAAAUUGCCUUUAAUAUUAAUUGGUUGCGGAGCAGGAAUAUUAUUAACACUGGCUAUAAUUCUAAUAAAACUGGGAACAAAUAGAACGAUUAAAAAACCACUAGUUAAGAAAAAUAAAUAA